ACAGUGUCAGGACAAAUCCGUCGUGCAAUGGACUUGCUUCCGGCGCCGAUAGUUUCCGAAGCCGUAAACUGAUUCACUUAAAAUCACCUCAUGCGUCGAGUGUCGUGUGACAUCCCUUUGGUUUCGUUAUUUGCUAUUGGCCUAAUCGCAUUUGCCGCGGUUUCUCGGCAUAUUAGCUCCUGAUUUUUCUGCCAAACUUGCUAGUGAACAUCAUAAUUUUUUUGCCUUCGGCGACAAAUUGUUUAUAUUUGUGGAACAAGAGAAAAAUUGUUUAUUGCUCGAAUUUUACAUGCAGCUGAAUAUAUGGCAAAUUCUACAAGUUCUGAUCGUAGGGAUAAGGCUGAUGAAAAUAACAAUGGAAGGUGUCUCAAUGAGAUGGGCAGAAUCAACUCAGGCUCUUCUAUGAAAGAUGCCACUGGUCCUAGAAGGUCUAUCAGAGAAACUUCAUCAAAGAAGACGACUCCUAGUCCCUCAAGUACUCGAAAGUCUGAACGACUUGGAAAGAGUACACCACUAAAUCCUCCUGUCAGAAGGAAGUCUGAAAGGGUUGAGAAACAGAAGAUGCCAAAUUCUUUGAGGAGAUCUAAAAGAACUAAGAAUCACUCUGAUAUAGCUUCUUCAGGUUCUAAGGGCUUUGACUCGUUAGCUCAAAAGCAGAAAAAGAAAAAAAAACACAAGAGUGUAAAAAAAUUAACAUUUGAAGCUGAAAAAGCUGAAAAUGAAGAAUGUGAAGGAGAAACUUCUCAGGUAAAGAGGAAGAGAAUGAAUGCUCGUGCUUACCGGGCCAUGAUAAAGAAAAAGCCAAAAAUAGAUUGUCCUGAGGAGACAAAUGGUAAAGGUAAUUUAAUUCCAGGUGGUGGCAACAAUGUUGAGGGCAAGAUUGAUGAACGCUUCAAAGGAAGUAAUUUAGUUUGUAAAGAAGCUGCCAAGAAUGAAAUGCUACCAUCUGAUGAUGCCAAGGAGUUAGCUAACCUUUCUGCUAUUAAGGUUAGAGUUGAAAUUGAAGCCACCUUUGCUGCAGAAAUUUCUGAGAAAGGUGUUGACUGCUCGCCUUCAAACGAUGUCUCUAUAGAGAUCCAAUCAGAUGAUGGAAAAAUAUGUCUCAUUUGCCAAUGUGGUGGGCAGCUCUUAUUUUGCGAUGGAAAAGAAUGUGAUGGAUGCUACCAUUUUUCUUGUCUUGAACCUCCCAUGGUGGAUGCUCCCCUUGGAGUUUGGCAUUGUAACCUCUGCUUGAAGAAGAAGAUAGAGUUUGGUGUAUAUUCUGUGUCUGAGGGAGUAGAAUCAAUUUGGGAUACCAGAGAAGUCAAGGUGUCUCAUGCUGAGGGAUUGACAACUGAGAAACAUUUUCUCGUGAAGUAUAAAGGCCUUGCUCAUGUUCACAACCGUUGGGUCUCAGAAAGUCAGUUACUUCUUGAAGCUCCUCCGUUGUUGCUUGAGAAAUUUAAUCAGAAAGAUCAGGCCCUAAAGUGGAAGCUAGAAUGGAGCAUACCUCAUCGCUUGCUUCAGAAGAGAGCAUUAAUCUUUGCCAAUGAUGGUCAUCCCAGGAGUGGCCAAGCUGUUGGCAAUUCUCAAUGUCAUUAUGAAUGGCUUGUUAAAUGGCAUGGUCUUGGUUAUGAAGAUGCAUCAUGGGAGCUGGACAAUGCUCCGUUUCUUCGUUCACUUGAAGGUCAGAGGCUAAUUAAAGACUAUGAAGAUCGUCAUCAGAGGGCAAAGAGAGUUCCUUUAUCAUCCAAAGCAGAUAAGAAACUAGACCGCAUAAGUUCUUUUAGCAAAUUAUCUCAGACACCUGGUGGAUUUCCGCCUGGAUUUGGUGUAAACAAUUUGGAUGCAGUUAACAAGCUACGUGAGCAUUGGCAUAAGGGUCAGAAUGCUGUUAUAUUUGAUGACCAUGACAGAAUGGUGAAAGUGGUUGCAUUUAUCUUAUCUUUGGACUCUAAUACUUGUCAACCUUUUCUCAUUAUCUCAACCUCAGCUGCUCUCCAUUUAUGGGAGGAUGAGUUUUCUUGUUGGGCACCAUCUCUCAAUGUUAUUAUUUACGGUGGAAACAAAGAGAUUCGUAGAAGUAUUCGGAAACUAGAAUUUUAUGGGGAAGGAGGCUGUUUGCUUUUCCAAGUACUUAUAGUACUUCCAGAGAUCAUCAUCGAGGAUCUAGAGGUUUUAGAAGGCAUAGAAUUUGAAGCAAUCUUAGUUGAUGAGUGCCAGUGCUCAAAGAUCUCAUCUUAUUCGAAACAAAUUAAAAUGUUAAAGACAGAUUUGUGGAUUCUUCUUCUUAGUGGCCAACUAAAGGAUAGUGUUGUAGAAUAUCACGAUAUCCUGGCACUUCUUCAUCAUCGGAAUUACAAUGAAAAGAAUGAUGAUUUAAUCUCCAAUUCCAGUGAUAUUGGUCAACUGAAGGAUAAACUAUCAAGUUUUGUUGCAUAUAGAUGCAAAUCAGACUCCUUUAGGUUUGUUGAGUAUUGGAUUCCUGUAAAUAUAUCCAAUGUGCAACUUGAGCAGUAUUGUGCUGCUUUACUUUCAAACUCUUCAAUACUCCGUUCUCAAUCGAAAUCUCAUGUUGUUGGGGCGCUUCAUGAUAUUCUUGUUACUACCCGGAAGUGUUGUAAUCACCCCUACCUUGUUGAUGAAUCCCUACAAAGUUUACUUAUCAAAGAUCUUCCACCAGCUGAGAUCCUGGAUGUUGGAAUAAAAGCAAGUGCGAAGCUGCAACUUCUUGAUUCCAUGCUCAUGGAAUUGAAAAAACAAGGUUUGAGGGUGCUUAUUCUUUUCCAGUUUUUAGGUGGUUCUGGGAAGGUUUCAAUUGGAGAUAUUUUGGAUGACUUAAUACGUCAAAGAUUUGGUCCAGAUUCUUAUGAAAGAAUUGACAAAGGUGUUUUGAAUUCUAAGAAGCAAAGUGCUCUGAAAAUGUUUAACAACAAGGACCACGGGAGAUUUGUAUUUUUAUUGGAGGCCAAUGCUUGCCAUCAAAGCAUCAAAUUGUCAUCAGUUGAUACCAUUAUCAUAUUUGAUAGUGAUUGGAACCCAUUGAAUGAUAUAAGAUCCCUUCAGAAAAUAACACUUGAUUCACAGUUGGAACAGAUUAAAAUAUUUCGGUUAUAUUCAUCUUUCACUGUUGAAGAAAGAGCCCUAGUCCUUGCUAAGCAGGAUAGACCACUUGAUACCAAAUUUGACAUAAGUUGGAGUACCAGUCACACACUAUUGAUGUGGGGGGCAUCGUCUUUAUUUGAUGAUUUAAAAGCUUUUCAUGAUGGUAAAACUGAUUUCUUAAGUGUGGAUUCCUUAUCUGGACAAUUAUCUUUAAAACAUGCUCUACAUGAAUUUUCAUUCGUACUUAAGCAAAAUGGUGAAGAUAAUGAUGCAAGGGACUGCUCCUUUUUAUUGAAAGUCAAGCAAAAUGGAGUAAAAUACCACCCAAAUUUUUCUUUGCUUGGUGAGUGGAAAUUUAAAUCACUGGAUUUAGAGCCAUGCCACUUGUUUUGGACAAAAGUUUUGGAGGGAAAAAAUCCACGGUGGAAAUACUCAUGUGGUUCAUCUCAAAGGAGCCGAAAAAGGGUUCAGCAUUUUGAUUCAGGAAAUAGACCUGACCUUGAGAAUGAAGAGGUAGUGAAAAAGCGUUCAAAACUGAUAAAUAAUGCUGAUCAGCCUUAUUCAAAACAUGAAGGUGAACAAUUAUCUGCCAGAAACAAGGAAGGAAAUUCUGGAGAACCAAUGGAAAGACCUCAAGGCAAUGAUGUUGAAUUCUUGAAAGCAAGGAAGUCACGUAAUGAGCAGAGGAGCUUACAUCUUUCUCUGAAGUCAGAAAUAGCUAAGCUUUGUGAAAUCCUACAUGUCCCAGAUAAUGUCAGGAGGAUGGCUGAUGAAUUUCUUGAGUAUGUCAUGGGCAACCACCAUGUGAAUAGUACUCUUCCAAAGUCAAUACUGGAGGCUUUUCAAAUUUCUCUGUGUUGGACUGCAGCUGCUUUGGUAAAGCACAAGAUUGACCAUGAAGCUUCCCUCAUGCUUGCAAAACAGAAUUUAAAAUUUGGUUGCAGGAAGGAUGAGGCAAACUUAAUUUAUUCAAUGUUGCGGUGUCUGAAGAAUAUAUUUUUGCAUCGAACAGGAAACUACAAUGUCACUGGCUCUCCAAAAGCUUCUGGAUCUGAAUUAUCUGGUAAGAAUUAUUCCUGUAUGGGCUUGGCGCUAGAGGUUGAAUUGGCUAAGAAAGAUGUCUCAAAAAGCAUCAAAGAAAUUCAAAAGAAGUGCCAAAAGAAGUUGAGGAAGUUACUCCUUAAGCAUCAAGAAGAAAAGAAGAAGUUGGACGCAACAUAUGAGGAAAAAAGGGCUGAUCUUGAGAAAAAAUACAAAAUAGAAUCAGCCGUUAUUCGAUCCUCUUCUCCCAAUGAUGUGAUGAGAUCAGAAAAGCUUAAGGCUUUAGAUAUUGAAUAUACUGGAAGAAUUGAAGAUUUGAAGCAUCAGCAUCAAAUACAUCUCAAAGAUCUUGAGGAUGACCUAUUGAAAGCAAGGCAAACGUUACAAAAUUGGCAGGCUACUUGGGUGGAAGAUGUGAAGUCUUGGGCACAAGAUGAAUUGUUAAACACACUUCCUUUGAAAGAACGUGAGAAUAGCAUACUUGAGGACUAG